UUGAUGCAGCGUGUUUACACAUUGAUUUAAAUUUUUGUUUUUUAAAUUUAUUUUGUUCUUGAAUGAUAAAAUGUCACCAACUUGUGAUAAAUCGACAAUGCCAAAUAAGAUAUUAUUGGAUGAAGUUAAAAAAUUGAAUGAUUAUUUCAGGGAUCUAAUCAAUCAAAUUCCAGCGAAAAUUUUUUUCAACAAAAACGAACAAAUUCUUCAAACAAUCGAAAAUGCAAAGAGAAAAAAAUUUUCAAACAAUUCUGAUCUAUCGAACAAAUCAAAACAUAAACGAAUCAAAUUAGAUCCUAGUAAUCAGAAAAGUGUUUCAGAUGUUGCACAGGAAUUCGUUGAACAAAAAGAAAGUGAUGGAAAAAUUAAUGAAUUGCGUAAAAAAUUGGCAAAACGAAUUAAAGAACUUCGUGAAUCGAGAACUGGUGGCAAAAAUGAUCAGAAAACAAGCCCUACAAUAAUGGAUAAUGACGAUAAUAAAUCAGAAACUAUAUCGAAUAAAAAUAUGCCAAAAAUAUUCAAUAAAAAAGGCAACUUGGUAUUCUCAAAAUUUGAUCUCACCUCACAGGUGGAUUUGGCUGCCGAACGUGAAAUUAACAAAGAUCGAGAAAAUAGAAAACAAAGUGGCAAAUCUUCAUUACAAGGAUUAUUGCUGAAAGCAAAAAAAGACGAGCAAAAAAUUUCUCAAUUACAAGUCACCGAUUCGAGGGCCGCUGAUCGAUUUAAAAAAGAAAAAAUAUGGCAAACAGUGCUGGAAAAAAGUGAAGGCAACAAAGUUCGUGAUGAUCCACAAUUGCUUAAAAAAUCAUUGAAAAAACAACAAAAAAUGAAGUCCAAAAGAAAUAAAAAAUGGACCGAACGAAAAGAAUCGAUAGAAAAUCUAAAACAACGCCGACAAAAUCAACGACAACGAAUGUUGGAAGAGCGAAAAAAUAAACAUAAAGAAAGACGCUUGAAACGUUUUCAAAAGAACCGAAAACUUAAAAAUAAGACAAAUGAAUAAAAUGAUAAAUUUAAUUUCAUUCCAAUUUAA